UAGAAAAGUGGUACUGCCGUGUAAACCCAAUACACUGUAACUUGAGUUACAGUGUAUUGGGUUUAUAGCGCCCAUUCAAUUUGUCUUGCUGAGAUACAUACCCCAGAAAAUAAAUUUAAAAUUUUACAUCAUUUGUUAUGGAAAUAUGACUAUUCCAAAAACACUGUAUUUCAAGUAGAUUUAUAGUUUAUAAUGGCAUGACACCGUAAUUAGAAUUACAGUGUCUUGGUUAUACUGAUCCUGCGAAACAAAAAGUUACAGUGUUAUGGCUAGAUGGAUCGAUCGGAUCCAUCGAGCAGCGGCAUGUGCCUUGCGGGAGACCUGCGCGGGGCGAGCGGGGGAGCUCCCAAGUCAGUGGUCGCGUUGCAAUGCGUAUGAGUGGACGCAACCGCGAGUAGUAAAAAUGAGUGCUUCUCGAAAUUUACUUUUGGUAAAAUUAUCACAAAAUAAUGAACAGCAUUAUAACCACUCCAGCACUGCUACGAUGGCGUCAACAUUAAACAAUGUUUUGAUUGAGAAGGAGAAGAACAUCGGAAACAAGGAAUGUCCUGGACCUAACAGUCCAUAUGAUCAAUACGACCAGACCAUCGAGCUUGACAAAAUUUAUAUGUGUAAUUCCGAGUUUUCUUACAAUGAAUUUGGAAAUACAAUCAGUCCCUUAAUAUCAUUAAGCGAAUCUCAAGUAAAUGAAUGUCUAUCUGAUCAUCUCGGAGAGGACAUUAACUACACCGAAUUAUUACCGGCCGCAGCUGCUGUAUGUUGUAGUACUGUUGAACAUCGAUCUCGUACAAAUGCAUCUCAGAUUGCGCGGGAUGAAAUAUCUGAUGAUUGCCCCAGUACAUCGCGUGAUACUUCCCAGGAUGCUCCCGAAGAAAAUAUACAUGAGUGUCCCAGUACAUCACGUGAUGAACUCCAGAUGGUUUCGGAAGCUUAUCAUUCGCCAAAGAAGAAGUUAAAAAGAAGUCGAGAUCCUAGCAUCAUGUUGGCCAAUCAACGGAACAAGCAUCCUAUUAAACCACCGUGCCAAAAUUGUAAAAAAAACUGUAAAGAUAAGAUACCUGAAAUUGAAAGACUGUCAAUUUAUAAUCAGUUUUGGAGUGUGGACAGACAACGACGACGCGAUUUUUUGUCAAGGCAGGUACAUAAAACACCCACGUCUCAUAAAACUGCUGGUCCGAAUUCACGGAGACGCAACACUUUAACAUGGACACUAAAUGACAUAAGAGUGUGCAAAACAUUUUUUUUACAUACCUUAGGGUUUUCGAAUGAUGAAGUGGUCGUAGCAGUUCUAAGACAAAAUCUUUUGACUGGAAACAAGAAUCCCAAAAUAAGUGCUGCACCGGAUCCUAGAGGGCGUUUUACACCACAUAAUGCUUUUACCGAAGAGUAUCAGGAUGACAUGAAAAACUUUAUACUAAAAUUUAACCCUGUUCCAUCUCAUUAUAAUAUUAAACAUGCUCCAAACAGAAGGUAUUUGCCGAUAGGUAUAACUUUCACUGCUAUUUACAACGAAUUUAAGUUACAUUGUCUAGAGAAAAAUCAGAAAGUUUGUAGUUGGCCACAUUUUUACAGCAUGAUUAAGCAGCUUAACCUUUCAACAGCAGAGAUAGCUCAAGAUAUUUGCACAAAAUGUAAAAACCACGAGAUAAAGCAUAAAACAUUACCCUUGCCCUGUAAUUGCAAUGACUGUUUAGAUUUGGAACAACACUUAGAAAACAAAAGAGCUUCCAGAAGAGAUUAUAAAAUAUUAGAAGAAAAAUGUAAUAGCUCUGAAGGACAAGAUGUACUUUUUACAGUGGAUAUGCAAAAAGCAAUUUGUAUGCCACUAUUAACUACUAAAGAAUACUAUUUUUCGAGAAAACUUGUGCUGUUUAAUGAAUCCUUUGUACCACCAGGAAAAAACAAACAAGCUGCCUGCGUAGUUUGGCACGAAGGUGAAAGUGGUAGGAAAGCUCACAAUGUGGCUACCACAUAUGUCUAUUUCCUUAGAAAAUAUUGUAGAGAUGUAAAGUCUGUAACAUUCUUCCUGGACAACUGUAAUUCACAAAAUAAGAAUAAACUACUCUUUUCAGCCCUAGUAAGAAUCAUAAAUGAUAACAUGACAACCAUCGAAAGAAUUACUCUUGAAUAUUUUGAGUCUGGCCAUACUUUUAUGGCAGCAGAUGCUGUACAUGCAGCAAUCGCAAAAAAAUUGAAGUCCAAGGGCGAAGUAUACGAUCUUAAUGAUUUUAUUACGACCAUAAAGACAUCACGAAAAAAUAUGGCAGUGGAUUUGAUAGAUCACAAAGAUAUGAUAAUUUUUAGUAACGAUUCCAAACUGACAUACCCCAAAGGUUUCAACAUACAAAAUCUCAAAGUCAUAGAGUUUCGACGAAAUAACCUGAACUUAUUUGCAAAAAAUAACUACAAUGCGGAUUUUACAGAAAUAUCCUUCUUGAAAAAAAAAAUAGUGAAUGAUUUAAAAAAAAAAUUGGACAGUGGCAAAACUGAUCUGAUUGCCGAGAUACCCAGAGAAGUUGAACCUCGAGGUAUCAGUGACAUAAAGAAAAAAGAGCUAUUAUCGCUUUGCAAAUCUAUGCCGCAAUCAAGAAGAUCGUUUUAUGAAAAUCUUAUUGUGUCAGAUUCGCCCGAUCUUGAUGGGAUUGUAGAUGACCACAAUCACUAA